UGGAAGCAUAUUUGACAGUUUAGGUCUUGUUUUGAGAGACCCACCUCUUUUGUUUAAUCUACGCUGUUGGGUUUUGAACUGAUUUACUAAUUUUUUUAAUGUAAUGAUUCUAUUAUCAUAACUCACCCUGGGACCUUAUGGUGAAGAGCAGGUAAAAAAAGUCCACAAUGCAUUGAUAUUAAUGUGCAGCAGGAUCCUCUCAUUUUAGUCACAGCAUAUGAUGCUCAAUUUUAAAAAAACUUUUAUUGAUAAAUGCAAUACUUACAAACCAGAACACUAAACACACUUAUUAUACAUAGAUACAUACACCUCUCAACUUAGAUUACAAAAAAAGAAAACAAACAUACAAACUAAACAUACAGACAUAAAUUUUGACUUCCCUCCACCUAUAUGUGACUUCCUUUGUUUAUUUUCUUCUUUUCACUGUGUUAUCAAUAUUAUUUUUUACUAUCUCAUCUUAUACCCAUUUCUUCUUAAUUUUUUUACUCUAUAAGUUUCAUUCAUUGCAUAUUGAUAUGUUAAUACCAGAACAAUGUUUUUUGAUGUAUUCCUUCACGCUAGUCCACUCCUCUAUCAGUUUUUGGUCUGAUUGGCCUCUUACCACUGCUGUAAGUCUUGCUGAUUCUAUGAUGCUCAAAAUUUUGACUGAUUUCACUGUCCAAUAGCUCCAGUGGCGCAAAUAAACAUCCUCCUCCUGGGUAAUGGCUUUCCCCUCUCUGGCCCUCCCUUUUGGACAGGAUAAAUGGCCAGGCAGCUAAGACUCCCACAUCCUCAGCGAAGAGUUGCUUUUCCUUAGCACAGGCUCCCUAAAUGAGGGCAGAAAAGAAACCGCAGAGCUCUUCUAGGGAGCACCGCGGGAGAAGCAGAGAGCAGGCCACUCAAGAUGGCAGGAAGAAGGACAAAGUGGAACACAGCCGGAAGACUAGCAAAGAGAGGCAGCAGGAGUUAGGGAGAAGGAAGAGGGAAAAGGAGACCCAGAGCAACCUUCAGGCAGACAACCAAGUCCACACUUCCACAGUAGUGGAUGUGGAUGAUGUCGUGUCGUUUGAGGAGGAAAUGGAGGUGAUGGCCUUGCUUGAAAGCGAGAAGCAGGAAGAAGGUACAAAGUCUCCAGGCCUGGGCAUUUGUGAGUGGCUUCUUGUCAUCCUUUCUCUGCUCCUCCUCAUAGUCACGUUCCCCAUUUCCAUCUGGUUCUGCAUGAAGAUUGUACGGGAGUAUGAAAGAGCCAUUUUGUUUCGAUUUGGACGCCUUCUUCGCGGAAGGCCCAGAGGGCCCGGAUUAUUCCUUUUCCUGCCAUGUUUGGACACCUACCACAAAAUAGACCUUCGCCUCAAAACCUUGGAGAUCCCUUUCUAUGAGACCAUAACGAAGGACAUGGCAAGUCUAGAAAUAGAUACCAUCUGUUACUACCGAAUGGAGAAUGCCACACUCGUCACGACCACCCUCGCCAACCACUCGAAGGCAAUCCAGCUGCUCGUGCCGACCAUCGCAAAGCGCUUUCUGGCACAGCGGUCGCUCACAGACAUCCUGAUGGAGAGGAAGAGCAUCAGCCAGGAGAUAAAGGUGGCUGUGGACGCCAUCACCUGUCAGUGGGGAAUCAAGGUGGAAAGGACAGAAAUUAAAGAUGUGCGGUUGCCAACGGAGCUUCAGGAGUCACUGGCUGCACAAGCCGAAGCCCAGAGACAGGCCAAAGUGAGGGUCAUAGCUGCUGAGGGAGAAAGGGCUGCUUCCGAAUCGCUGAAGGUGGCAGCAGAGGUGCUUUCCCACACACCAGCCGCCCUCCAGCUCCGCUACCUUCACAUGCUGCAAAGCCUGUCUGCAGAGAAGCCGUCCACCUUUAUUCUUCCUUUCCCCCUUGACCUCAUGAAUCCUUCAUCAGGAGACAGCAUGAAAUCCACAGGCUGCAACCGCUCUUCAGAUGUCGCCAGCAACCCAGAGGCUCCAAAGGCAAAGGAUUCCCCCAUGUUGUAGUACUAAGCCAGGUGACGCAUCUACGCCUCUCUGUGCAGCUCCUCAGGCCAUAACCCACUGCCUAGUCCAUAAUUCGUACCCACCUGCUUUGCACCCCCUGAAGUGUUUUUGCCUGGCUGAAAUGUGCCCUUGAACUCACCUGGAUGGAGGGUGAGAGAGGGGAUGUUAGUCUGUGUAGGGGAUGUUUGCCUACUGG